UCGGGGCCUCGGCGAGGUCGGAGGGGAGUCCGCCCUCGGUCCCGAGAUGCGGUCGGAGCUGACCCCGGGGGCUCGGGAGGGGAGCCGAGCUAGACGCCUCCCCCGCUGGCGCCGGGAGGCGUCGCUCCUUCUCGCUGACCUUGGUCUCACUUGUCGCCUCGCCCUUGACCACAUGCGCUGACGGACGCCAGGUCCUCGACCUCGACCGACGGGAGGACCCUGGGCAGAUCGAGACUCGAGAUACAGGGAGACAGACUGCUCUAGCCCCCUCCUGCCAGCUCCGGGUCGUCGGGUCUCCCCCUUCCCAAGGCCCGGGCCAUCCAGUCCAGGGUUAAUGCCAACGAGUUUCCACCUCCAGCCGCUCCUAGAGAGGCCGCGGCGCAAGCCAGCAGGGGGAACUGGCCUCGGACGGACACUUCCUGUGCAGGGGGAGGGGGGUCGGAGAGCAGUAGCCCAGCCCCCGGCUGGGGGCGAGACGGCGGGGUCUCGGGCUGGGAGCCGUGGCUGGGGGCGGCAGGGCGAGUCGACAAGCCCCUCAUCUCUGAGGCCACGGCGCGUGGAGGCCAGUGGGGACCCCAGGACAAGCAGAGACCUUGGGAGGGGGCGGGGUCGCGGGGAGGGGAGGGGCCCGAGGGCCGGAGAGGAUCAGGGUCAAGACGUCCGGCCUUCGGGGCCCUGGCCAGGUCGCCGGGUUUCCUGGGCGCGCUGAACCGGCAGGUGGUUAGGGCUUGGGUCUCCAGACACUCAAGUCUUGUCUCCGGAUCGUCCACCAUCGCCACCGCCGCAACACCAGGAGCUGGCUGGGAUGGAGCGGGAGGCAUCGCCGUGGGGCCGCAAGCUCCGGGAUGUGCAGAGUCCUGACGAAAUGGGGAGCCCUGAAGGGUCCCCCAAAGGCAGCACUAAUGAGAAUGAGGAAGAGGAAAUUUCACAGCAAGAAGGCAGUGGGGACUAUGAAGUUGAAGAAAUACCUUUUGGGCUUGAACCCCAAAGUCCAGGGUUUGAGCCACAAAGCCCAGAGUUUGAAUCCCAAAGCCCCAGGUUUGAGCCAGAAAGCCCAGGGUUUGAGUCCCGAAGCCCUGGUUUUGUGCCUCCCAGCCCUGAGUUUGCACCCAGAAGCCCUGAAUCAGAUCCUCAGAGCCCUGAGUUGGAAUCCCAGAGCCCUAGGUAUGAACCCCAAAGCCCUGGUUAUGAUCCCAAGAGUCCUGGCUAUGAACCCAGUAGCCCUGGGUAUGAUCCCAAGAGUCCUGGCUAUGAAUCCCAGAGCCCUGAAUUUGAAUCUCAAAGCUCCAGGUACGAAUCCCAGAGUCUGGGGGAUGAACCCAAGAACUCUGGGGAUGACUCUCAGAACCUUAAGUUCAAAACCCAAAGCCCUGAAUUUGAAGCUAAAAGUUCCAAAUUCCAGCAAGAAUCAGAGGUGCUUCUGAACCCUGAGGGAAGUAGUCCCCUGACCAUCCCUCUAGAUGUUCACCCCCUGGACUCCUUCUCUCAGGGGCUUGGGGAGCAGCCCACAGGAGCACUGCCUCUAGGACCAUCUUUUGAUAUGCCUACCGGGGCCCUGCUGGCGACGCCCCAGUUUGAGAUGCUCCAAAAUCCCCUGAAUCUUACAGGGACCCUUCGGGGUCCAGGUCGUCGGGGUGGUCGGGCCAGGGGUGGGCAAGGACCCCGGCCUAACAUCUGUGGCAUUUGUGGGAAAAGUUUUGGGCGGGGUUCCACCCUGAUCCAGCACCAGCGCAUCCAUACUGGUGAGAAGCCCUAUAAAUGUGAGGUCUGCAGCAAGGCCUUCUCCCAGAGCUCUGACCUCAUCAAACACCAGCGCACCCACACGGGAGAGCGGCCCUACAAGUGUCCCCGGUGCGGCAAGGCCUUCGCCGACAGCUCUUACUUACUUCGACACCAGCGCACCCAUUCGGGCCAGAAGCCCUACAAGUGCCCGCACUGCGGCAAGGCCUUCGGCGACAGCUCCUACCUCCUGCGGCACCAGCGCACCCACAGCCACGAGCGGCCCUACAGCUGCCCCGAGUGUGGCAAGUGCUACAGCCAGAACUCGUCCCUGCGCAGCCACCAGAGGGUGCACACUGGGCAGCGGCCUUUCAGCUGUGGCAUCUGUGGCAAGAGCUUCUCGCAGCGAUCAGCACUUAUCCCCCACGCCCGCAGCCACGCCCGAGAGAAGCCCUUCAAGUGCCCGGAGUGCGGCAAGCGCUUUGGCCAGAGCUCGGUGCUGGCCAUCCAUGCCCGCACCCACCUGCCAGGCCGCACGUACAGCUGUCCUGACUGCGGCAAGACCUUCAACCGCUCCUCCACCCUCAUCCAGCACCAGCGCUCGCACACGGGCGAGCGGCCCUACCGCUGCGCCGUGUGCGGCAAGGGCUUCUGCCGCUCGUCCACGCUGCUGCAGCACCACCGGGUGCACAGCGGCGAGCGGCCCUACAAGUGCGACGACUGCGGAAAGGCCUUCUCGCAGAGCUCGGACCUCAUCCGCCACCAGCGGACCCACGCGGCCGGCCGGCGCUGACUGCGGCCUCAUCAGGGAUGGGCAGGUGGUAGGCAGAAGAGAAGGGGACAAGGAGCUGAAGGAAACCGUGUGAGAGGAUAGUGGCAAAGCUGCAGAGAGGUAGAGCAUUCUAGAAGAGGGGCCAAGGUGCAGGAGGUUGCAUGCCCUGGAAGCCCGUGGGAAAGGGGGACUGGAGGGACGCCCGAUAGGCUGCAGGAAGCACUUGGAGAGAUGCGUGCUGCUUGCUUCCAGCAGCAGCAUGCUUCUUGGUGGGUCUCUGCCUUGGCCAAGGGCUAGGUGGGGAGGGGGGAGGGAAAGGGAGGGUCACUAAUUAGAGUAGGGUAGCUUAGAUUGGUAGGUGCUGAGACCCUUCUUGGAGUCAGGAAGAGGGCAAAAGAGUAGGUUAGGUGGGGAAUGGGGCUUUAGGGCAGAGCCUGGGCCUCAAGUGAGAACCCCAGCCUUGUCUUCCUCAGGCUUUGGAGCCCCUGAGUUUGAGUUCAAUAAAAACUUUUAUGUGGCAAAA